UCCGGCGAUCGCGCUCGCCAACUUGACCCAGGGACAAUACCGAACUCCAAACUUCUCCUCCUCCUCUCGGUUGAACUCCAUCUACAGUCCACACAUCCCUACCCCCGUCUUCUCCUACCGCUCAUUCCAUCCACCACCAAGCACAGCCUCCAUCCUCAUCGUUUUGCUUCAUCGUUCCAUCAAUGCAUCAUGCCCGGUAGCGCAGAAAUCCCAUCUAUAAGACUUGAAGUCAUUUGCGGAAAAAAUAUCAAAGUCCCCUCCUGGCGCAUGCCUGCAGGCAUUUACGUGUCCAUCAAUUUCGACUCAAGGAGACGUUGGAAAUCAGCCACCCGUGUCUUAUCAUCCAACGAAUCCGUAGUGUGGGGAGAUACCAUGACCCUAUCAUCACACGACUCACCUGCAUUAUCAGUGGAGAUCAGAGCAUCUUACGAGGUCGACCGAAUGCUUGGCAAUGGUGAAAUCAUCGGAAAACUUCAAACGUCGUGGGAUGACCUGCUCGAUCAUGGAGAUGAACCGUUCGAACUGUCCUUCCCACCCAUCCGCGGUGUCACUCCUUCGCUCACGCUGAAGGCCGCUGUUGUACAUACUUGUGAUAAUCAGGACAGUGUACUAUUCGACGUGGGUGACGCUAGCCUCUGUGGUUAGUUUUUGCUGACGGAAUGUCAACUGUAGUCCCUCGUAGACUGCGAGAUUGCUCGAGAGACAGAUGCGGGCCACGCACGAUAUGCCGAAUACAUGACCAGCAAGACAGUCUCUCACCUGAACGAUGCUUU